AUAUGUAGGUACCUAUGUAUGCACCUACUCGAGGCUCUCCCUACCUACCUAACCUAGAUUAUCUAGGAAAUAAUAGGCUAUUUGUUGGAAAAACAUAUAUCUAUCUGCCUGUGUUAGGUAUGCAUGCAUGCAUGUAUGUACCGGGAUCUUUUUCACAGAGGCAGCAGUUUGGGGUGCGAUCGGAGGAAAUGAGGGACAAGCAAUACAAUCGUAUCUACCAACCUACUUAUCGCGCACCGAUGCACAUAUAUACAUAUAUACAUACCUACCAUUGACAACUAGGACUACAAAUACAAUCAAGAUAUAUUAGAAGAAAAAUAACAAUAAGAGAAUAAACACCAAAAGUCAUGUCUCCCGGGAAAGGGCCAGCGAUCGCAAUGGACCUGGAUCAGCCACAACCCGACGGUAGCAAGACGACAAGAGGGGGACCGCAGCAGACCUUGAAGUUCGACCGCGAAUACGCAAAAUGGAAGGAACCAUUCGGCGACAUGGCACAAGUGCCACCUUGCAGGACACCGCACGAGCUGCGCAGGUACAACGAGGAAUUCACCCGGUUCGCGUGGGCGCAACUCCCGCCCCAGCCGAGCAUCGUCCGAACGAAGCACAGGUUCAUGGGAUUAGGUGAGGAGAUCGAGAUGGAGAGGUUUGCCACGGCGGAGCAGAUGAGCAGCGGCCGCGAAGCGCUACAGCCGGCGAUACUGUUCCUGCACGGCGGCGGCAUGGUUGCCAUGAGUGUGGACAUCUACGCGCCGCGGCUUGCGCAGUGGGCCGCCGAAUCCGGCAUGCAGAUUUUCGCCGUCGACUACCGGCUCGCGCCUGAAUAUAUGUACCCCAUCCCGAUGGAGGACUGUUACAGCGGUCUAGUGUGGCUCUCAGAGCAUGGCCCAGAGCUCGGCGUCGACCCAGCACGGCUCGGUCUCAUGGGCGAUAGCGCCGGCGGGACCCUUGCCGCGUCCGUGUCGCUCGCGGCCCGCGAUCGCUACCUAAACCCGCCGAUCGCGAAGCAGAUUCUGAUCUACCCCAUGCUAGACGACAGGUGCACCGUCUCGCCGUCUGGCGCGGCCAAGCUCAGCGGCCUGAAGAAUUUCGCGUCCCUUUCACAGCCUAUCAUCAAGAUGUGCUGGGAAGCGUACCUGGGCAAGGAAGCAGGCAACCCCGACGAGCGGGCCCACACAACUCUUUACGCGGUACCGGGACGGGCUAAAGACUUGCGAGGGUUGCCGAGCACGUACAUAGACGUAGGCGGGUUGGAUCUGUUCAGGGCUGAGUGUGCGUUCUUCGCGGCUAGGCUGGCCGAGGCGGAUGUGGAGGUAGAAUUUCAUCUGUUUCCGGGCGUGUCUCACGGAUUUGAGGCUGCCAGUGAGAUUGGUGUUGCAAAGAGAGCUAUGGAGGGCCGAUUCCGAUGGAUGAGAGAUUUGUGAUGAAUUGGGAUCUGCCUACUAAAUAGAAACUCACCUACCUGAUUUGGUAUAUUGGGAGAUAAAAGUUACGUAUGCAACGAUCAAGAGCA